AUGCCAGAGUCUCUAAAAUUUCCAAAAAAAGAUUGAGGUGCACUAUUAGAUAACCUCUCAAAUUCAACAUAUUUCGAGCAUGACCAAAUUGCAUUUAUCCAAUUCAAAAUGAUAAUAUGUGUUAUGCUGACUGGCUUGCGGCUGCUGAUUCUCUUUCAGACAAACUUUGCAUUGCUUCAAAUAAUACUGUUAAUGUUGUACUAUGGCUAUAGAAAUUUACCAUAGAUGGAACUGUUUGCCCUUGAUUUGUCCAUGAGGAAAAUUCUUUGGUUUGACCAAACCAUAUGGUACUGGUUGAAACCAAAAAAUUUCCCCAGUGGGCAAAUCAAGGGCAAACAGUGCCAUCUAUGGGAAAUUUCUAUAG